CAAAAAUUCAAAGACUUUCGUUUGCGAGUUCGAAUAGAAGAUGGUGCUCUGAUUCGCGAGACCAUCUCCCUGUCAGCAUGUUGGGAAUCAAUUACCCAAGUAGUGACGAGGAGGAUGUCGAGGCGACCCCUAAUAUUCAGCCAAAGGCCGAGCAGUCAACCCAGGAAGAUAGCUGCGCAACACUCCAAACCCAUCCAAGACCCUCAAGUCCUGCCCGCAGUGGUCCUGAUCAAGGGCCUUCAGUUACUCCUGCGUCCAGAGAUACUGAUGCAGGAGGAACUGCUUCCACACCUCAAUCACCAUACUCAUCAUAUCGAUCGAUCGUGCAGAACAUCACGCUCCCUACCGUCCCCAAUUUUGACAUCCCUCCAUCGCCUCCUGGCUCACCUCUCUUGGGGCCAACCAAGAAAUUUGCGCUGUUUCUUGACAUGAAGAGGAAAGGUCAGCAUUUCAACAAACGAAUGGCGGGGUCAUCUGCCCUACAAAAUCCGGCUCAUUUCCAGAAGUUAAUGGGAUUCGCGGGAUUGAAGGAUGAAGAUCAAUAUGCAUCUACAUUACCUGUAGGUGCCGCGGUCCCCACUGCUUUCCCAAAGUCAGCAUAUGUGGAGCAAUUAGCGCAAUCACAGAAGGAAAUUACGAAAGCGAAGGAGAAGGACAAAGCUAGAGUGCAAAGAGAAGCUAUCGACUUUGUUCCCUCAACCAACUCUAGCGAGAGCCGCAAACCCGCAAUGUUACCAGGAAGAGGGUCAUCUCAGAGCGCAACUGAAAGAGUCAUGGCGAGUCUAGAUAGAGAGAGGUCGAGCUCGGCUUCUUCACACGACCGAGAUAAACGAAGAGAGCCUGAUCGAAGAGGGGGGAGAGACGACCGUCCGUCAAAGGGUAGGCAGCGGAGCCGAUCAAGGUCACCUAAGCGGAGGCGCUCGAUGGAAAGGAACAGAGGGAGAGAGUCUCGGUGGGGUAUAUAGCUCUAGUGCGGAUUUCUGCUUAAUGGCUUCACGUGGCAACGGUUCGACUCGCUUUGGUAGUUGUCCUGGUUUAU